UUUCAAACCAUGGAUAUAUUCUCGCGCGCACGUGGCUUUCGUUUUGGCUGCAUCAGGAUUGGUGAAUGGCGUUCAGCCGUACAAUCAUGCAAGGUUAAGAAAUAGCCCAACUGCAAGGUUAACGUGGACCGGUAAUGAAGAAGUUCACCUUGAACCCAGGAACCGAUAAUGAAUCGAACCAGAGCGGGUACAGCUCCCAAGCUGCCAGUGAACUGGCGCAUGAAAUCGAGCUACCUCGUAUCACGACAGUCAACGUCUUUUUCCCGGACUUAAACAGACACACCGUGCUAAGGGUCAUUGGUGACGCGGUGCUGUGGGACACUAAACUCAAACUAAUUAAGGCAUUCGGUGGUCAUUUUCCGGAUUGUUACAAUAUGGGACUUUAUCUUCCAGGAGGAGGAGGGAAGUUGGGAAAGUUUUUGGAAGAAGAAAGGCUGCUAUCAGAAUAUACCGGAACAAGUAGUGAAAUCACAUUGCAAUUCGUUCGCAAAACUCGACACGUCAGAUUGAAUGCGGGCCACACGGUGUUCCCGGCAGAACAUUUUUCAAAGGAUAUGCAGAAAAGGUUUUUACGUCUGAUUGAGCGCGGAGAUUACAAGAAAGUUGAAGAUAUUUUAGCCAAGGGUUUUGAUCCAAAUUUUCAUUGUCCGAAAACCGGAGAGACACCUUUGACUAUCGCAGUGACGACCUCAAAGCCGCAUAACAUGAUUAGUCUACUCAUCUCCGGAGGAGCAUAUCGUGAUUAUUACUCCAAGGCAGGAUUAACUCCCUUACACAAGGCCGCCAAAGUGGGAAAUUUUGAGGCUGUGAAGAGUCUUCUAGAUUUCGGUCAGUCCCCGAACACAGCCGAUAUCACUGGACUUAGCCCACUUUACCACAACGUCAUGCAUGACCCUGACACAAAGAUAUGCCAUCGCCUGCUGUACGAACACUCAAAUGUGGGUACCACCAACCGAGAAGGAUUUCAGGAGAUACACCAAGCAGCUCGCCUCAACCGAGUUGAACACAUCAACCUUCUCCUCAUGUACGGAGCAGACGUGAAUAGUCGCUGCAAUCGUCCCAACGUUCCAGUGUCAAAAGGUUUGCACGUCACGAGCAAAUCGACAGCAAAUUUUACACCAGGCGACACACCUCUACACGUUGCCGCUUGUGCCGGUCAACGGGCCGCUGUAAUGCGGCUUUUAUCCUGGGGGGCCGAUCCUACAUUGGUGAACGCGGCAAAUCAGACGGCGAUGCAAGCUGCACAAGCAAGCGGAAACUCGGACCUCGCGGAAGUCAUACGCUUGUUCAGAGGAGUAUCGCCCAAUGGGGAAUUUGCCGCUCCAUUUCUUCCCACACCAACAUUCAACCCACGACGUCGGAUGAGGAGGCCCCCGCCAAAAUCUUACAUCACCGAGCCCACUCCGCUAAUCGCCUCCGAGGUUCAAUCGGCCAACUCCCGUUCGAUGGGAACCUCAGAGGCAGACAACCCACCACCUCACCCAAGAAGUACUAAGCAUACAAGCGAUGUGCCCCUUAUUGGGGCCACUGUACAGCGCACUGUGUCCAUGAGCAACUUGCACCAGCAUCAUGAAGGAAUCGAAUUAAGACGAUGGGGUAACGACGCCUUGUUUCAGUCGCCUGGUAUCCGCCGCUAUGGUGUAUGCAGUCCGUUCUUUUUGCAAACCCAGGCCUCUUAUGACCCGGAGACGAGUCCCUUGGUUGAGGUUAAUGCAACACUCUCCCGAAGGCCAAAAAGUAUGGUGAAAGCUUUAAAUGAAAGAAAUCAAUUUCCACGGAACGGGCUACACCAGGGUGGACUAGACGGUGACCUGCCGCGGCAUUUUUCAGGACUCCAACGUCGAGAAGUUCCCGCCAAAAGGGAUGUCUCUGCCUAUGACCUUCACAACGGUAUGCUACAGAGAGAGGAAAGUCAGACGGAUAGCGGAAUCAGCAACUCGUCGGCAGAUAAGAAGGUUUCACCACCGAUAGAUGACAGAACGGAACUGAGCAUCAAAGACUCGCGAACACAUCGAUAUGAAUCACGUUGCUUAGAAAAGCCAAACUUGACUCUCGCUCAAAUCGCGGCUCGUGGGAUACGCCCUUCGUUGUCUUCCUACGACAGUCGAGAAUGGCAGCUGUACAACGGUCAGGCACAGUGCAGUAACCGAGGAAAUGAAGUAACCAUAACCAACGGCCAAAUGCCUCCCUUAGUCCCACCCAGACCGCCCCUUUCAUCAGCAUCCACUGGUCCUGGACAGCGCACAGUGAUUCUCCAUAAAAUUUCUGUGCCACCUGGCUCCAUACCUUCAUUUGGCCUCUCCCUUCGUACUGUCAAAAAUCCUCAAAUGGUUGCCACCUACCAACCCAGCACCUCCAGACCCAGCUUGCAGACAGCAACACGCAUAGUGCAGGACAUGCCUGCGUACAACGCAGGAAUACGUGAAGGCGAUUUUGUGCUGAAGAUCAAUGACAUCGACGUCACUCGAUUCAGCCACGAUGAAGUGAUGCAGUGCCUGGUGGGUUCCGAGUUGGAUACGGUUCGCCUGACCGUCUUGAGUCCAGUUGGACAUUCGCCAGCCACGAUAGCGCCGACGGAUAGGACCAGAUCAAUUUCUGAAAAGGACCCACCUUCCCACACUAGCAACCAUGAAAACCAAUCAACCACAAUGGUAUCUAAAAGCGAUGAACACGGACAAAGCAACGCGCAGCGUGUGAAUGACAGAGUGGUCUCGCAAUUCGCGCGACCGACCCCGUCACCCGAUAGCGGUGUGCCCUCAUCUGCUAGGAGCUCGGACCGCACCAACUGUUCAUCCAUAAGAGAUGAAGGCUUAUGGAGCCGGUCCACCGGAUUAAGCAGAGACAGCGUUGAUUCCAGUGUGAGUUCAUAUGGAAUUAGAUCACCGCGAAUUCUGAAAAACUCAAAAUCACCGUCCACUCCUCCGAUCUCUUCAAUGAAUCGACCGCGAUCCGGGGGAAAGUUGGAAGAACGAAAAGUUGGAAUCGUCAACUCUCCCAAUUCCAGAGGUCUCACUCGAUCCCGCACAACAACCGGGCUGGCCGAGGAAUCACAUUCAAAAGAAGAAGGGAUGGCACAGUCACUCUACUUUGCGAGACGUCCUCGAUUCCAUCGACUGGGCUCCCAAGACUCGAGAUCUUCGGUAUCUUCAGGUGGACAACCUGGCACGCAGAUAAUUCCCUCGACAAACGAAGGAACGCUAACGGGGGCGAUUAUAGUGGAGCGCAAGCCAGCACAAGUUCCUGGGUCCAACUCCACUCAUAACUUGGACAAAAACGAUACCAGCCCUAUGUGCAAAUCAAAUCCUGCAGCCCUUAAACUCACUGUAAUAAAAGCAGAGCGCAAGCAUUCCAGACAAAGAUGUGUGCCCAAGAUUACACACACGGUGCGCCGAUACCCGGCUAUCGCUUCUCAGACCGCGUCGAACGCGAUGGGUCCCGCCGGAGACGCGCUCGUCAAUCCGGACUUGGUUCUACUUCCCCCAGCGGAAUUCCGGUAGACAACAGAACGCCUCAGUGGUGCCACUUUUUCUAUUCUAUGGACUGAUCACAAUGUGAUAUAAGUGAACUGGGUCAAAUUGUGAUAUAAGAUACUCCCUAUUGUUCCCAAUAUUGUACAUGAAUUAUGCUGUCUCCCAGAUAGAUGUAUUUGUAACAAUGUCGUUAGUUCCGACCUCACAACAACGAUGCGAUGUAGUGACUAUUGUGUUGUGUUCUCGAUAAUGGAAUCCGAGUAGUGAAUAAACGUAG